UCCUCCUCCUCCUCCUAACCAAGAACCACACCAUCGCAACAAUGACCUUAUGACCUAAACCCUCCACCUCCUCACCAACUCAUCUCGAACGUCAAUCCUGAAUCAAUCAGCACAACGACACCGAAAAUGCCCACCUCAAUCUCCCCGCGCCUCCUCCCCACCCUCUUCGCCUCGCUCGCCCGCACGCCCACCUGGACCCUGCGCCGCACCCUCCAGAGCGACAACCCCCUCGACCUCCACGGCGACCUCCACGGCGAAGCCUCCUUUCGUUCCCUCCCAGCCACCUCAGAACACACCUCAGAACCGCAACCGCAACCCCAAACGCAAAUCCUCUACACCGAAUCCGGCUCCCUCCCCGCAACCCUCGGCCCAAACCUCCGCUGGACGAAAUCCUACAUCUGGCGCCUCAGCCCGGAAGGCCGGAUCAGCGUGUGGUUCGUCAAGGUCACGAAGGACGCUGCCACGAACCCCGAAGCCGAUUACCUGUUUCAUGAGGUGGAGUUUGAGGUGGCGGUUGAGGGUCAGCGUGCAGCGGAUGAUACUGCUGCCAGUGUUGGCAGCAGCAGCAGCAGCAGCAGCAACGACGAGACAUACGUAACGCCUCCUACACCACCCGAACCACUUUCACAAUCGGAGGCCGCGGCGACGGUGGUGGUCACGGCCCGGGGCAACCAUCUCUGCAUCAAGGAUAUGUACCGCACGGCAUAUGCGUUUCGGGUGCGCGCGGAGAGUGGGGAGGUGGUCAGCUGGGCGAGUCGGCAUGUGGUCAAGGGGCCGAGGAAGGAUCAGGACAUUGUGAAUCUGUAUUCGGUGGGGUAGGGGUGAGAUGGAUGGAUUGUAGGAUGUUGGAGUCGGAAGUGUAGGGUAGGGGGGUGUAAAGAGGAUGGAUAGAGGAUAGAACGGGCAAUAUGCUUUUGAACUAGUUUUGUAGAAUGGGCCUGGUCUCAGGCUUUCUUUGGGUGAGAUUUAUGGUCACAGCAGCUACUUAGUAGGUACGGGUCGUGCUUCAUUGCUGAUGGAUGGUUGUCGUGCUGAGGGAGUCUGCCUCGGUUUGAGAGGCAUUAUGUAGAAGGUUACAGUAUAUCCUCACGCAGACCUCUCUCUUCAAGUAACUCAACACUGUAUCUGGUCUAUCUGGUCUUUCUAUACCGAUAUCAAACUCUCUCUGGUCACUGAUCUGGUCACCA